AUGGAUUUAGCGAGGGGUGAUUUUCGCUCCGAGCUCGAAAACGCCAGCAUAGACCGCGUCAAACUGAGCCUGUUCCAAGAAUGCAGGAGACGGUUCGCGCAAAGAAACCGGAUUCCGUAUCUCAAAACCAGUCCGAGUGCAAGGCGCGUGCCCGGUCGCAGCAUCCGCGCCCUAACCCUUGCCCAUCCCCGGCUAACCCGUAGCUCGUGCGGAGAUGAAAGCCCACCUCCGACCCCACCGUUCAUCUCGCACACACCGCAUCCUUUCGCUCCGGCUAAAGGGUACACUCGUGCGCAGGGAUUCUGCGGGACCACGUGCCCUUUGUCACCGAGAAAGGGAUCUCGCAACCCUUCAUUUACCCGAGUUCCAUUACACAAGUUCCAUACACGCGGCGAA